CCCCGACGGCCCCUCCCCGGCCGGCUGCUCGUCGAGCCAGUCGAGCCAGCUGCGGCGCGGGCGGAGAUGGUGCUCAGAUCUCUUGGUGGGGGCGGUCUCCUCUCACGCAGCUUCGCGCUCGCCAGUCGGCGAGGAGCUGCGCUGACGCCAGCUCUGGGCGGGGCGCGGCGCCAGAUGGGCGUGGUCGUCGGCUCUCCUCCUCCGGAUGAGGUCGAUGCGCUCAUCAUUGGCGGCGGCGUAAUGGGCGCGUCGGUUGCCGUCAUGCUCAAGCUGCUCCAUCCCACGUGGAACAUUCGGCUCAUCGAACAGCUGGAUCGCGUCGGCGGAGAGUCGUCGAAUGAGUGGCGAAACGCGGGCACCGGCCACGCGGCGCUCUGUGAGCCAAACUACACUCCGAUGAUGGCCAACGGCGAGGUUGACGUCUCGUCGGCUGUCGCAAUCAACCAAAAGUUCCUCGUCGGCGUCCAGUGGUGGUGUUGGCUCGCGGAGAAGGGCAUCCUGCCCGACACGGCCUUCAUCCAGCCCGCGAACCACUGCACAUUCGUCCACGGCGAUGACAACAUCCACUGGCUGAAGAAGCGGGUGGAGGCGCUUAAGAAGCUGCCGUCGUUCGCUGCCAUGGAGUACAGCGAGGACUACGACACCAUCAAGGAGUGGGUGCCACACAUCUGCUCCGGCCGCCCUCGCAACGGCGAGAAGAUCGCCAUGUCGCGGCACCCCGACGGGACGGAGUGCAACUACGGGCUCUUGACGCGGCAGCUGGUGCAGUCCUUCUCGGAGCUCGGUGGCACGGUGCAGGUGCUCUCCAAGGCGACCGAGCUCAAGCAGAUGGCAGACAAACGUUGGGUCGUCAGGGUGCAAAAGGACGACCUCUCGCGCGACAUCAACUACCUCACGACCAAGUUCGUGUUUGCGGGCGCCGGUGGCGGCGCACUCAAGGUCCUCCAGAUGUCCGGGAUCCCCGAGGUGCAGGGCUAUGCGGGGAUGCCCGUCUCGGGCAAGUUCCUUGUAUGCCAGACCCCGUCGGGCGUGGCGAAGCAGGGGACCAACAAGGUGUACGGCCGCGCAGAGCUUGGCGCGCCGCCGAUGAGCGUGCCUCACCUCGACUGGCGCACCAUCUACGGGCGCGACUGCGUCUUCUUCGGCCCAUUUGCCGGCUUCAGCCCGGUGGUGAUGCACCAAGCGGGCUUUCUGUCCAGUGCGAUGGAGUGGCUCUCGACCUUCAACCUGCGGAACAUCUACCCGACGAUCUCCAUGGCUCUCGCGAACCUCGACCUGGUGCAGUACCUCUUUGGCGAGGUGAUGGCGUCCAAGGAGCACCAGCUGGCGCAGCUGCGCAAGUUCGUGCCCGACGCGCGGCCCGAGGACUGGACGAUGGUGACGGCCGGCCAGCGCGUCCAGGUCAUCCAGCCCGACAAGGAUGUGGGCGGCAAGCUCGUCUUUGGCACGAAGGUGAUGGCAUCCGCGGACAACACCAUCGUCGGACUGAUGGGAGCCUCCCCGGGCGCGCUGGCUCUGCUGUGCGCGAGCAUCAGCCCGCACGUCGCGAUCGAGGUGAUCGAGCACUUUGAGAGCGCCAAGAACAACACGAUGGCGUACCAUGCCGCGCUUGCACAGAUGAUCCCGUCCUACGGGCGCGACAUCAACGCAGAGCCUGGCUUGUACGAGUCGAUUAUCAACCGCGCCCGCGCGACGCUGCUGAAGGAGGAGCUGUUGUCGUCGAAGGUCAACAUUGGGAAGGUCUUCGACCGGCUGGACGAGAACAGCGACGGCACGCUGUCGAUGGCGGAGCUCAAGGUCUUCCUCGAGGCCCAGGGCAUCGACAAGAAGACGACCGAGAAUCUCUUCAAGGUGCUCGACGCAGACGGCACAGGCGAGAUUACGCGCAAAGAGUUCACCGCAGGCUUCUCGGCCUUCUGCACGGGCCAGCUGACAAAAUACCAUUAUGUGCGUGAGAUGGAGCGCAGCGACGGGGAAGGCGUCCGCGCCAAAACGACUCGCUCGGCCGAAGUCUGAGCGCCGAGGCUCGUCCGCCGGAGAGAGUCAGAGCCGGCGACGAGGAAGUAGGCAACGGCCAACGCCGACUCGCAGCAUCAUGUACUUUAGAGUUCAGGGUGCGGCAGUGCUAUCCCGUGCCAGGUGCCGUUGCUGGCUCCGAAAGUUAGAGCGCGAGGUAGUAUACAAAAAA